AUGCAUCGACAGGUGGUGCUACUGGCUCUCGCCAGCUUUUGCCUCUUUUUUGUGCGUGCCGCUGAGACACCCAUGGCCACAGACAUGGGACCCGCUGCCUUCCUCUGGCCUCCGGAUCGCGUUUGGGCAGCCGCACAAGACAACACUGCUCCCUGCGGAUCCUCUGCCGGCGUCACCAAUCGAACCGAAUUCCCAUUGACCAACGGCAAGGUGUCACUAGUUCUACAAGACGAAUCCUACAACAUCAACCUAGCGAUUUCCUACCAAAACAAUCCAACCGAAAACAAAGACUUCACAGCCAUCGAAGACUUCCCCGAUCUCGUCCCAGGACAUGAAUGUUACGACGUAACAAACCCGCCCAAGAACAUUGCUUCGGGGUCAAAUGCCACCCUCCAAAUAUCCUACUUGUCCACCUUUGACACAGACAAAAAUGAGACCUAUUACGCUUGCGCGGACAUUACCUAUGUCGAGCUGAGCGCAUUCAAGGAAUUUGUGUUCUGUCGUAACAUCACGGCGCCCGAAACGACAUCAACCAGUACGAGUACCGCUGCCUCGACUGCGACGGCCUCGACCUCGACUUCGACUUCGUCAUCCUCCUCCUCAAAGGGCUCGGGUCUUUCGGGUGGCCAAAUCGCUGGUAUUGUGAUCGGAUCUCUGGUGGGCGUGGCACUUAUUGCUGUUGGGGCUUUCCUUCUGUGGAGUAGACACCAGAGACAGAUUCUGAGGGAUAAGAUUGUUGCGGUGAGGAUGAGUGAUUGGGGCAGUGAGCCUGUGAAACCUACUUCUGGACAGUCGUGA